AUGGCACGAGAAAUCGUCAACAGGAACCGCUAUCCUUUUCCGUUCUCCGAGGAGGCGACGAGCCGUCCCAAAAUCAAGGAUCCCGACAGUCGAGGCGCCAUUUAUUCACCGCAAGCGAGCAGACUGCGCAGGUUGAUGAACGAGUCAUUCCGCAACCCGGACCGAAUUGUGGCCCUCCCCUGCGCCUGCGAUGCACUCAGUGCAAAAAUGAUCGAGGACGCGGGCUUUCCGGCAGUCUUCAUGUCCGGAUUUCCUGUCGCUGGUUCUCUCGGUCUGCCAGACACCGGCUACAUUGCGUUGGGCGAGAUGACGCAAAAGAUCCAAGAGACGGUCCGACGAAUCUCUGUGCCCCUCAUCGCGGACGGGGACACCGGAUAUGGAGGUCCCAUGAACAUGAGGAGGACCGUCAACGCGUUUGCUUUGGCCGGUGCCGCUGGAAUCAUGAUCGAAGAUCAAACGUGGCCCAAAAGAUGUGGCCACACAGUGGGCAAAGCCGUGGUGGCAGAAGACGAAGCAUAUGCUCGCGUCCAAGCCGCAGUCGAUGAACGUAACGAGGGCCUGGAUAUAUGGAUCAUGGCCCGAACAGACAGUCUGAUUCACGGCUACGACGUCGCCCUGCGCCGUGCGAAACGAUUCAUCGAGCUGGGUGCAGACUGCAUCUUCGUAGAGGCUCUGCCGGAUCUGGCGACCAUGCAGAGGCUAGUCAAGGAUCUGCAAUUUCCAUGUAUGGCCGCCAUCAUCCCCGGCGGCCGCACCGAAAAUGUGUCCGCGGGUGUGUUGGCAACGGCGGGGUUUGCCUGCGUCGCAUAUCCUUUUGCAGUGAUCGCGGCCAAGAUAAAGGGCAUCCGGGAAAUGUUGGAAGAACUGAAGGCCUCCUUCACCCAGGGCAAGUCACCGGAUAUCUUGACUGCCGAUGAAGUAUUUGACGCUGUGGGAUUCAACAAGUACUACAAGCUCGAAGAGCGGUACCAGUAUGCUGCAUCGAAGACCGGAAGCAACGGCCACCAAUGGAAUUGA